GCUGGGGCAGGGUCAGAGCAAGGACAAAUGAAAGCCAGUACUGAGGGUGGCCCACUGGUGGGCCUCUGCUCUGGGUAGGUGAAAGCAGGGACAGGGCCUGAAGGGGACUCUUGCCCGGUUUCUACGGGUAGUGAUGCCAGCCACCGAUUUCUGGGCCCUGAGUCCCAGUCAGUCUGGGAGGGAAAGUGACAAAAGGGGAUGCCAGCUGCCUUGCCUCCCCCCCCCCCCCCCCCCCCCGCCCCACAGCUGGGCUCAGAGCCCAGGAACCUCUAUUGAGGCCUUUUCUUGUUUCCUUAUCUGGAAAAGGGGGGACUGCCUUCCCAUCCCAGCCUGAAACUAAGGUCCAUGUGAUACCACAGCCCCUGUCUGGGCACUGUAGGGGGGAAGUGGACCGGGAGGGAGCCCAAAAGCUCUGCUCAAGGCCCCAUUAUUGGCAGGAAUAUCCACAGGACUCCCGUCACCCCAGCAGGUCACAGGCCAGAUGCACAUUGGAGGCUCUCACCAUCCUGAGUGUCACUCUGUAGGCUGUGUCUGGGAAGCGGUGACCCUAUGCGAUUGUGUGCGGGAUGACCCUGACUGGGGGGGUCUCCUUAGGACCCCCUCACGUCACCCGGGGCCCCAGCCUCUCCGCAACCUCCUCUCCAUCGCCCAGGCUUGGCCUCGGGAAGUACACUGCCUCGGUGGGCUGGGGUGGGCCCCGGAGGAAGGAGCCGCUUGACUCUGAGUUAACAGGAAGAAGUUGAGCAGGCGGGGCAGGGGCGAGAACCACCAACUGCGCGCCUGCCUGGGUGGGGUUUGGGGUCAGGAGAGGAUGUGACUGUAAAGCCAGGAAGCUGCAGGGAAAGUUCUGAUUAAAACACACACACAAACAAAAGGCAGGUCCUCAUUGUGCUUGGCGAUGUGCUCUGGGGCUGCGGUGCUGCGGGCCGGACCUGGGGCCCAGCUGAGCACACAGUUUGCUCCCAAGCAAGCAUCAAUGACCUCGACGACCGCCAUCCCCCCCCAGGAGGAGAGAGCCGGAACCAGGACAAAACGCUACAGCUGGGAGUAUGGCUCCGAGUCCAGCAGCCCACACCCACCCCGUGGUGGCAGGCAGGUGGCAUGUGACCCUCGGCGCUCAGGGCCUGGCAGCCUCUGACCCCUCCCGGUGUCCUGACUGACCGGCCACAGAGACAGAGAGCCCCGGGGGACCAGUCUGCUCAGCCAAGGAGCCCUGAGGAGCCGGGGGGGUGGCACCAGUGCCCAGCCUGCCCCGAGAAGGCCCCGGCCAGACCAUGGCAGGUGUCUGUGACACGGCCCCCAACUUCCUCUCCCCGUCUGGAAACCAGGCCCUGGAGCCUGCCCUGGGCAGUGCGGUCUCCCUGAACUGCACGGCCUGGGUGGUCUCUGGGCCCCACUGUCCCCUGCCCUCAGUCCAGUGGCUGAAAGAUGGGCUGCCGCUGGGCAAUGGAAGCCACUGUGGCCUCCAUGAAGACUCCCGGAUCAAGGCCAACUCAUCAGAGGUGCUUGUGUCCAGUGUUCUGGGGGUCAACCUGACCAGUGCUGAGGACUAUGGGGUCUUCACCUGCUCCAUCCGGAAUGUCAGCUCCUCCUCCUUCACUCUUUGGAGAGCUGGCCCAGCUGGCCACCUGGCCGCAGUGCUGGCCUCACUCCUGGUCCUGCUGGCCCUGCUCCUGGCGGCCCUGCUCUAUGUGAAGUGUCGACUGAAUGUGCUGCUCUGGUACCAAGACGCCUACGGGGAGCUGGAGAUGAACGACGGGAAACUCUACGACGCCUACGUCUCCUACAGCGACAGCCCCGAGGACCGGAAGUUCGUGAACUUCAUCCUGAAGCCACAGCUAGAGCGGCGUCGGGGCUACAAGCUCUUCCUGGAUGACCGCGACCUCCUGCCACGCGCGGAGCCCUCCGCCGAUCUCCUGGUGAACCUGAGCCGCUGUCGACGCCUCAUCGUGGUGCUGUCGGAAGCAUUCCUGGGCCGGGCCUGGUGCAGCCACAGCUUCCGGGAGGGCUUGUGCCGGCUACUGGAGCUCACGCGCAGGCCCAUAUUCAUCACCUUCGAGGGCCAGAGGCGCGACCCCGUGCACCCCGCGCUCCGCCUGCUGCGCCAGCACCGCCACCUGGUGACCCUGCUGCUCUGGAAGCCCGGCUCCGUGGCGCCUUCUUCAGAGUUUUGGAAGGAGCUGCAGCUGGCACUGCCACGGAAGGUGCGGCACAGAGCCAUGGAGGGAGACCCCCAGACCCGGCUGCAGGGUGACAAGGACCCCAUGCUGAUCGUGCAAGGCCACCUGCCCGAGGGUCGCACCCUGCACCUGGAGCUGGACCCCGACCCUGAGGGGGACCUGGGUGUCCGAGGGCCUAUCUUUGGGGAGCCAUUAGCUCCACCCCAUGCAAGUGGGGUCGCCCUUGGAGAGGGCCGGGGCAGCGAGGUGGAUGUCUCGGACCUCGGCUCCCGCAACUACAGUGCCCGCACGGACUUCUACUGCCUGGUGUCUGAGGAUGACGUGUAGCCUGCACCCGCCGGAGCGUCAGGAUCACCAAGGACAGCUGGGUGCAGGGCGGGGUGGGGUUUUUCUCCUCUCAGCAGGACUACCAGCCAUGAGACCUUGAGGGAAGUGGGGGGACUCUAGUGUGCCUCCUUGUGCCAGAAAAUAAAGUCCUUUUAGAUCCUG